UUUGUACCGGUAUUUCAGCACACAAUUCAAAAACAUUCACAAUCGUUUCUCUCAGGAUUAGCACAGCAACAUGUAUUUAGCUUCAACCAUAACCCGAAGCUGUUUGCGGCUGAGUUCUAGAACUAGUACAUUAUGGAAUCGCCCUGCGUCUUCGUCUGCAGGCGGUGGGACCCUGACGGAUACGCACGUCGAGAUCAACGGCAAGCAGUAUGCGGUGGACGGCAUAACCAAUGCCACACAGCCGCUACUGGACAAGCUCGGCCAGCGACUGCACCAUAAUCCCAUCCACCCGCUUCAUCUCAUCAAGAGGCGCAUACAUGAGUACUUUGAGAAGACUUACCGGAAGCCUAACCCGUCGUCAGCACCACUGUUCACAUGCUUAGAUGACGUUCACCCAGUCGUGACGGUUCAGCAGAACUUUGAUGAGCUCCUAGUGCCAGCUGAUCAUCCAGCACGUGCCAAGGGGGACAAUUACUAUUUAAACAAGGACUAUCUGCUUCGUGCCCACACUUCAGCUCAUCAGGCGGAAUUCCUUCGCAGUGGCCUUGAUGCAUUCUUAGUGACAGGAGACGUUUACAGAAGAGAUUGUGUGGACCGUACUCAUUACCCAUGUUUCCAUCAAAUGGAGGGUGUACGCUUAUACACAUCUGCAGAGCUUUUCCCAAACGAAGUCCAUCCACCGAGUCUUUUUGUGGAGGGUUCUGAAGACACAGCUGAGAGACAAUCAACACACAACCCAGCCACUACUGAAGUUCUCGAGAAAGAGCUCAAGUCAACGCUGGAAGGACUUGUGCGUCAUCUGUUUGGUGCUGACAUCAAGACUGAGUGGGCAGGCGAGUACUUUCCUUUCACUCACCCGUCCUGGGAGCUCAACAUCUACUUCCAGGACCAGUGGUUGGAAGUUCUUGGUUGCGGUAUCAUGAGACAGCAGAUCUUGGACCAAGCAGGUGCAUCCAGUAAGGUUGGCUGGGCAUUUGGUGUAGGCCUGGAGCGGCUAGCGAUGAUCCUUUACGGCAUUCCUGAUAUCCGCUUCUUCUGGACGACGUAUCACCGGUUCCUAGACCAGUUUGAGCCAGCUCGUAAUGAUAUCAAUGCACAAAUCCAAUUCACGCCGUUCAGCAAGUUUGCAGUCUGUCACAAAGAUGUUAGCUUCUGGACAACAGCAGGGAAGGACUUUGCCGGUGAAAAUGAUCUGAUGGAGAUUGCCCGUGAGGAGGCAGGUGAUCUCAUCGAGUGGAUUGAAAAGGUGGAUUACUUUGAGAAUCCGAAAGCGAAGCCCGGCGAUGCCAAGUUCUCCAGCUACUGCUACCGGCUCAACUUCAGGUCGCAUGAAAGGCAACUUCUGAACACGGAGAUAAAUGAUAUCCAGCUAAGAAUCCGUGCCAAGGUUGCUGACAAGCUUGGCGUUAUUCUUCGUUGAGGGUACUGCCAUCCUUUUCAGCUUCCCAUGCUCCUGUGCCAGCCACCAGUAAGCAAACAAUAAUUGAGCCAAAUGGAACGGCAAGCUACAUUCAGUUAUUGGUUUUGUGUGGUGUUUUUUACUGCACAUGCCGGUCUAAGUUGCCGGCGGAUGUGUCACAUUUGUCGUACCGCGGUAUUCUACUUGUCUGAGUAACUUCCACUCUUGUAGCCGGACUAGAGCAAAAUGUCCUCUGUCCAGAUAUAUUGGCACGCGCCCGUGCUUCAUAGGUGCGAGGUCAUUUGCCAGAAAAUGACUGGCUCACUUGAAUCAUUUCCGCCUGACUUAUUUUAGAUGUUCGUGGGUUUCUUCCUUGGAAUGCCUUGGCCCCAGCUGGCCUGUGGGUGUGUACCUUAGCGAGGCAUCAGUACCUCGUUGCGCUAGAUCUCUAUGAAUUUUUAAUUAUUUCAGGAGUGAUCAGCGAUGAAAUGAAUUCAUUUGCAAAGCUUGUCCACACUAGAACAAUUAGAGUGUGUGCAUCUAAACAACGUCCUGGUUUAGGUAUUGAGCAUCUGUCUAACCUGGUUGUUCGCAGGUCAUUUACAAACGCGCUCAGUCUUUCCAGGCCCCUGGCUCAUACCUGUGUUUGCUCUCUGUUGAAUCAUUGAUGACCAUAGUAGCCGCUGCGAUUGCACCGUCCAAUUUGCUCUUUUUUUCUUCUUCUUUUUCACUGCCUUGGUGCUGGUCUCACUACUGUUGACUGUUAAAGUAGAAUUCUGCUCUUUGGCGUGCGUCUUUAA